AUGAUUCGACGGCCUCCCACCAUCAUCUCGCUAAAUGACGAGGAACUCCAAUGCCAUCUCCAGCGUGCCUUCUUACGUACGCUACCUGCUGACUUCAAUCAACUGCACUUGGAAGACCGGGGCCAGAGUGACGACGACCACACCGUUGCCCGUUCUUCUUCUGGGGAUGCCUGUGCAUCUGAUUCUGAUGGCGAAUUUGAUUUCACCACCAUGCCCGACUCGACCGGUGAUUCAUCCUGUAUUGGAAACGACCUUUCUUCAGACAGGACUCGCUCUUUUACAGUUCCAACUGCACUCUCCGCGGCCGGAAUGACCACAUCGCUCCACCAACCUCCUGAACCAAACAGGCCUCCCGCCACCACGAACCAGAUAUCCACUCUUUUCCCGUGGAACCGAACAAGUCGGUCUCGUGUGUCCCUGAGCGCCAACAUGACGUUGUUUAAUUCACGGCGCGAGCUUGAACUCUACAGCAUUGGUCCUCAGGAGAUGGAGUCUGACGAUCGGAUCAUUGACUUGGUCAUCGCGCAGAAAAUUGUCGACGAAGCAGCGCUCGGGCAGAAGCUCCAAAUCAUGAUGCACGGCUCUCCGCUUCCCGAAUUUCCCGGUGGUCGCCCGAUUCCUGUUCCGAACUGA